CACUGGCAGAUUCCUUUUUUCCGCUGUCGUCUCCCGACGGUCAUCGUCUCUCCAUCUCUCCACCUCUCUCUCCCUUCCCCGUUUCCAUCACCGUUCCUGGGAUGUAAAUUAGCUGCAGCGGGGGCUGUAUGUUGGAGCAUUGGUAGAGAACCAGGGAUAGAGUGAUUUAGAGGCUGGCCAAGCCAGGGAGGGAGGCACUGUGCCUGGGCACGGGGCUAGAGGACGGCUGGGAGGAAAGAGCUCUCUGGAUGUAUACCUGUGGAGGACGGCGCACCUCUUUUACCAACUGGGCCAGCUGCAGAUAAGGAGGCGUGGUGGAUAAGGACCUUCGGCACUACCUCAACCUGCGCUUCUCCAAGGGCUCCGUGGACCACGACCACCAGCAAAUUAUUAGAGACAACCUCUACCUCCGCACCGUGCCCUGUACCACCCGGCAGCCGAAGGAGGGAGAGGUGCCGGGGGUGGACUAUAACUUUGUGAGCACAGAGCGCUUUAUGGAACUGGAGCAAAGUGGAGCUCUGCUAGAGAGUGGAACCUAUGAAGAGAUCUUAUACGGUACUCCCAAGCCCCCAGCCGAGCCCAGUCCGGCGGCCCCUCCACUGAAUGUGAGUGAGGUGCUGCUUCCCGGAGCCCGGCCCAGCAUCAAGGGCAAGUGGAAGAGGAACCAGUCGGUCAGAAACAUGCAGCAGCAAGCCAGCCUGGAGCCGCCCGAGGAAGAGGAGGAAAGCAGCCCCCCCGUGGUCAAUGGGAACGGGGUGGCCAUCACACCAGAGACAAGCGAGCAUGAGGACAAGAGCACAGAUGGGUCGGGGGAGGUUUCUGUGGUGGAGGCCCCGACACUGCCCCCUCCCGCCACUGAGCCCCCCACAGAGGGAGAGGAGCCCCCUGAGGUGGACUCCCCCAAAUCACCCCCCAAACUCCCCGAGGGGGAUGAGGAGGAACUGGGACCCCUGCCUGACAACUGGGAGAUGGCCUACACAGAGAAAGGAGAGGUCUACUUCAUAGAUCACAACACCAAAACCACAUCAUGGCUGGAUCCUCGGCUGGCAAAGAAGGCCAAACCACCUGAGGAGUGCAAAGAGGACGAGCUGCCGUAUGGCUGGGAGAAGAUUGAUGACCCUAUCUAUGGCAGUUACUACGUGGAUCCUAUUCCCUGCAGCCACAUCAACAGAAGGACCCAGUUUGAGAACCCCGUCCUGGAGGCCAAGAGACGACUGGAGCAGCAGCAGCAGAUGCAGAGCCAGGGACUGUCAGCUCUGCCCUUACCGACUAUUUACAGAGAGAAGCCCCUGUUCACACGGGACCCCACACAGCUGAAGGGCUCCUUCUUGUCAACGGCUCUCCAGAAGAGCAACAUGGGAUUUGGCUUCACCAUCAUUGGAGGGGACGAGCCGGAUGAGUUCCUGCAGGUCAAGAGUGUCAUACCUGAGGGCCCAGCGGCACAGGAUGGGAAGAUGGACACAGGUGACGUCAUAGUCUACAUCAAUGACAUCUGUUGCCUGGGCACAACGCACGCCGACGUGGUCAAACUCUUUCAGUCCGUGCCCAUCGGCCAGAGCGUCACCCUGGUCCUCUGCCGGGGAUACCCCCUACCAUUUGACCCUGAGGACUCUAUUGGGGCGUCCACCAGUGCCUCCCUGACCCCCAUGGGUCUGGAACACCGAACCCUGGUGAUGAAUGGGCGCAGUAGCUAUGACCCUUACCUGGAGUACCUCUCCCUGAGCUCCCAGCUCCCUCCCCAGGCUCUAACACAGCCAGGGGCACCCCACCUUGAUGGGUCCUCACUACCUCCCACCACCGUCCGGUCUGCACAGGCCAUGACACCGCACGACGACAACAUCUCCAUGGCAUCGUCGGGGGCGACAGGGAUUGCCGGGGGCGUGAUCCAGGGGGCAGAGCUGCUGACCGUAACCAUUGUGAAGGGGGCAGAGGGGUUCGGAUUCACCAUCGCCGACAGCUCCACUGGGCAGUGUGUCAAACAGGUGUUGGAGCCGGGUGUACAGGGCGGAGUGGGUCUGAGUGAAGGAGACCUAAUCCUGGAGGUGAACCAGCAGGGUGUUGUGGGGGCAGGACAUGGACGUGUGGUGGAGCUGCUCAAAGAGUGUUCUGUCGGAGCCGAGGCCACGCUACUCAUACAGAGAGGAGGAGGGGCAGGUCACCUCUCUCCAUGGAAGACCUCCAAACAGCUACCAGAGCAGUGGGACCCCCAUGGUAGUCCCCAGACCAGUCUGUCAGCCCCAGUGCUUCCCACAGGCACACCCUUCCCUACCCAGCCACAGCACAGCACCUCGGUCCCUGACUCUGCAGAGGGCUUCGACCUCAACAAGCCCGACCCAUACGACCUCUAUGAGAAGUCUAGGGCCAUCUAUGAGAGUAGGCAGUACCAGGAUGUGGAGGUGCACCUGUUGAGGGAGAAGACUGGGUUUGGCUUCCGCAUCCUGGGGGGAGACGAGGCCGUGCAGGCUAUUGUGAUCGGGGCGAUCAUAGAGAACACUCCUGCAGAACGCGACGGACGACUUCGACCCGGGGACGAGCUCAUCUCCGUGGAUAAGAUGGUGGUUGCUGGGAAACCACACAGAUACGUGAUCGACCUGAUGCACACCGCCGCUCGCAAUGGCCAGGUCAGCCUGGCGGUCCGGAGGAGAGUCCACUUCCCCAGUGAGGUGUUAGGGGUGAAUGGCCGUAGCCCUGGUUCCGUGUCCACGCAGCACAGCUCCCCACACAGUGACGACGCCUCAGCUUCCUGUCCCGUCACCCCCGACAACGUCCCGCCGCCCUCCGUCACCUCCCCCCUGGAGGGUGCCGUCCCCCUGCAAACCAAUGAUGUCAUCAUCCACCGCAAGGAGAACGAAGGCUUUGGCUUCGUUAUCAUCAGCUCGUUGAACCGACCGGAGAACGCUGCCAUCAUCACUGUGCCCCAUAAGAUCGGUCGUAUCAUCGAGAGCAGCCCGGCAGACCGCUGCGGGAGCCUGAAGAUUGGUGACCGGAUCCUGGCUGUCAAUGGGCAGUCCAUCAUCAGCAUGCCCCACGCUGACAUUGUCAAGCUCAUCAAAGAUGCCGGUCUCACUGUCACCCUUCACAUCAUACCAGAGGAAGAUCCCAACUCAGGGCCCAGCUCAGAGAAGCAGAGCCCCAUGGCCCAGAAACACAGCCCCCAGGCACAGCCCAGCCCUGUAGCCACCCAGCCCAGCCAAGGAGCCUCCCAGGCAGGCCCAGCACCACCAACAGCCCAGCCAGGCCAAGUACUAGCAGUAGACACCCAGUCGGCCCCAGGAGCAGCCGCCCAGCCCAACCCGCCAGGGGCCCAGCAGAGCCCGGUCGCCCAGCCGCCCAGUCACCCUCCCCCAAUCUACCUCCACGAUGGAAGGUCAGAGGUGAAAGCCAGGCAGGAUGUGAAACCAGACAUCUGCCAGCCUCCGUUCACCGACUACCGGCAGCCCCCCGUCGACUACCGGCACCCUCCAGUGACUGAUUACCGGCAGCCGCCCACACUGGACUACCGGCACCCUCCUCCCCUCAUCGACUACAGACAGCACUCGACAUCACUCGCUGCACAGUUCCCUCUAGCACAGUUUCCCCCAGACUUCCGACCACAGGACUUUGACUACUUCACGGUAGAGCUGGAGAAGAGUGUGAAAGGUUUUGGCUUCAGUAUCCGUGGGGGGCGGGAGUACAAGAUAGAUCUGUUUGUGCUGCGGCUCGCCGAGGAUGGGCCGGCCAUCCGCAAUGGCAGAAUGAGGGUGGGGGAUCAAAUCAUUGAGAUAAAUGGGGAUAGUACCCGAGACAUGACUCACGCCCGGGCCAUCGAGCUGAUCAAGGCAGGGGGGAGGUGGGUGAGACUGCUGCUGAAGAGAGGCACAGGACAGGUCCCUGAGUAUGUAGACAGUGCCCCCCCCUGGGAGGCCAUUCCUCCAGCCCUCUCUGCCCUGCAGGAAGUGACCCUUGACCCCCAGCAGCCGUCCACCUCAUCAUUCUCAUCCCAUCCAGCCUUCACCCCAAACUCCCCCCACCAGCUCCUUCUAGAGGCCACAUCGCGUAUGGCAGCCCAUUCUCCAGACCCCAGCGCCACGAAAGGGGCUAUAGGUGGCAGGUGCACCCAGCCCAGGGGCACCGUCCGUGGGCAAAGAACCCUGCAGUGGCCUGAGGAGUUGGAGGAGGGGCCCCGAGAGCCCCAACCUCCGCCGCGGCCCCCCAAAGCUAGAUGGAGGUCUGCGGAGAGGAGAGAGAGCAGCAGCACCCACCCAUGCAGGAUCCAAACACCGCCGCAUGGCCCUGGGACUCUUCCUACCUGAGUGUGAGUCUGAACGGAGGCAGUUGGGUCCGUGGGGAGGGACGUGUGAACCUACAGGAGGGGUUUGAGCUGAGAGGUCUCCAGCCAAGGGAUGAGGAAGGGGCUCUGCCGCCUCCCCUCAAACCAUGGAUGGCCCUGCAGGCAGGAGUGCAGCCGCCUUCCUAGGGCCCUGGAACCCACCUGGGGGUGACAGACUGCCCGGCACACUGAGGUCCUGGACCUACACUGUCAGCAGGGAAAACGGAUCCGGAUCAGACUGGUUUACAUUGGAUCCGACUGGAUUCUGACUGGGUUGGACUGGCUAGCUGUACAUAGGCACCCAAGUCCUACGUACCACUCACACCAUCAGAUGCCAGAGGGAUCUUUUAUUCUCUCUCUCUCUCACUCUUUGAAAUCUUUUUCUUGUUGUUCCCUCUUUCAAGAUGAUUAUAACCAUCACCUUCAAAACCAAAGGACAUUUUACAGCUGGUGUGUGUAAACAAAAAUAGGACUCGCUCAACUCAACACUUUAGUCCAGGUAGCCAUUUUGAAACCUGAUGAUACAAAUCCCAUUGCUAUCCCACUAGGCUCUUUGGGUCUGGGCAAGGUGAGCUAUCGACAUGUUCCUAGUUUCACCAGUCAACCCCAUCAGACCUAAAAUGGAUGGUCAGUUUCAACCACUGAUGGGAUGACACUUAUCUAAAGAGAGAUUGGAAUAUUGAGGUCGUUUGCCGAUCGUUUAACUUUCUGUGCAAUGGAGAGAAUGAUGAGAUUAUAGAACUGAGAGAGACGGAGGGAGGGAUGUUAAUUUAAAAUCUUUCUGAAAGGUGAACCUUUUUGGACAGAGCUCUGUCGACAGACAUCAUACAUGCCUAUUGAUAUAUCGUACAUACUGUAAAUGUACAAAUGUGAAAAAUAUGUACAUUUGGUCAUCUCCCAAAAAUAUGCCUAGUGCUUUUUUUAUGCAUUGUUGUAGGUACAUUUUAGAAGAACAUAAAAAAAACAUAUCGGGACCAUAUUUUAAGAUUCAUAUUUCCAUGGCCUUUUAUUAUAUACUACUAUUAUAUACUACAUAUUAAAGACUCUGUGUGGAGUCAGCUGACAAGGGACUAGAUGCAGGUCACAUGCCCCUGUUCAAACGUUACGUGCAUAAACCAAUGGUUGCGUGCCACGUCAUCGACUGUGUCAUUGACUGGCAGAUUGCUGUAGCAUAUGAUGCAGUUAGCUGAUGCGUAAAAUACCAAUCCAGGCAUUCAGCAAUGCCUGGGCAGAGGAAUCGGCCCUCAGUGUUCUUGUGCAUGAACCACCAUCAUCAAACAGGGACUCAAAAUUCUUCUAGAAGUAGAAUAUAGAGCUGACAUCCUCACUGGGUAUAGGUAACUGCCUAAAUAAAGGAAACACCAACAUAACGUGUCUUAAUAGGGCAUUGGGCCACGACGAGCCAGAACAGCUUCAAUGCACAUUGGCAUAGAUUCCACCAGAAAUUCCAUAAUUUGGUGUUUUGUUGAUGUUGGUGAAAAAUGCUGUCUCAGGCAUCGCUCUGGAAUGUCCCACAAGUGUUCAAUUGGGUUGACAUCUGGUGACUAAGACGGCCAUGACAUAUGGUUUACAUCAUUCUCAUGAUCAUCAAACCAUUCAGUGACCACUCGUGCCCUGAUGAUGGGCCAAAUGGCCAAAAUACUGGCCUGCCCAACAUUUUUAUACAUGACAAUUAGCAUAAUGGGAUGUUAACUGCUUAAUUAACUCAGGAACCACACCUGUGUGGAAGCACCUGUUUUCUAUAUACUUUGUAUCCCUCAUUUACUCAAGUGUUUUCAUUAUUUCGCAGUUACCUGUAGCUAACAGUUGUGUAUUUGCGUAAUUUACUAAAAAUGUUCCAUUACUGAGUCAAAUGGAACAUUCAAGGUGUUUAAAUCCAAUUGUUUAGGAACUCUGUGAGUCAUAAUACACAACGUUUAUCAAUCAUGCAAUCAGUCAUGUUCAUAGAAAUAAACAAUCUUGAUUCUAUUUCUAUGGUCAUGUUUAGAUGGGCUAUGUAUCAGCAGCACUUGAAACAGAGAACUCUAGCUGCCCAUUCUAUAUUUCCCAUGUCUAUGCCUUUUACUGUGCUACAUGAACCACACCACUGUGGGAGGGGAGGCAUAUGAGUCAUUGAGGAGCAGAAGGAUACAUGGGAUAUGAGGUGGGGCGGAGUGCCUUAGUGAAAGUAGAGCAGAGCUGUUAACCUGGCGAUCGCUAGCGGGGUUUUUUUGCAUGAGUGAGCAGAAUGCAAAAUUGGUUUGAGAGAUUACAGUAUACUGUACAGUAUACAGUACACAUAUCAGACAGCACGCCAUACAGUAAGUGGCUAGUGUGAAGGUGUAAGCCAACUGACACUUUUUGGCUAACAGGGCCAGAUUACAUUUUGAAACAUCCCAAAUUCACAGUGCCACAAAAUAAUUAUGAAAAGUCUGACUUCUAUAGCCUACUAGCUUUGUCAUCAUCUCAUGGGUGCCUAAAUACAUUUUUUGAGUAAAGUGGACUUUGGGCUUUCCUAUGGGGAUGAUGUAUAGCUUGUAGCAGAGGCUAGCCGUAGACAUGUAGAGCCCUCCAUGUUUGCACCAAAUAUUAGGACUCAUACCAUAUUUCUCAAUGCAGAUUCACUAGACUGAGUGCAGUGUUCCAGUCCAGAUGAUAAACAUGUCAUUUCUGUGGUAUUUUUUAAAACUGAAACUGGUCGUGUUCCAGGCCACCAAUGGUUGUGUGCCACAUUAUAGACUGUGCAGUCGGGCAUCAGACUGCUUUAUCAUAGUAUGUGGUUAGGUGACAUGUUAAACACCUAUCCAGUCAUUGUGAGAUCUGGCAUGUGUCUCCAAUGUAGUCAGCGAGGAACGCGGACGAUAUCACUGAGCCUUCUGUGUAUCACUUGAGGCUGUCCCCUGCCUGCCUGUUGUGAGUGAUUUUGUAUACAGAAAAAAAAGUUGACUAAUGAUAAAUCUGAAGGAUGACAUGUUCAUGCAUCUACCAUUAAGCUCAGUAUACAUGUGUCGUCUUAACCAUGUAUAAUCCACCUUGUAUAGCUGUAUUCUUACAAAAUAUGGUUUACUGCACCAUUGAUACUGUAGUUUCAAAGACUGAAGUGAACAACUAUUUUUAUGAAAAUGUGGCAGUACUGAUAUAACAUUUUGGGGAAAAAAGAAAAAAAAUGGUUUACCUAAAGAUAUUCUGAAAUACUGUAAAAUAAACUCGACAUGGUGUAAAGUACA